CCUGCGGGCAGCCCGAUGCGGGACUCGAUCCCGGGGCUCCGCGAUCGCGCCCUGGGCCGAAGGCGGCGCUCAGCCGCGGGCCCCCCCGGGCGGCCCAGUUGUGAUGAUUUUGCGCCCAGAGUGGCGGUCCCCCGAGAGGACGCGAGGGGCCGGAUGGGAACCUUUCGCCCCAAGAGAACAAAGCACAAGUUAUACCAAAGUCCAGUACGUGUAGAGGAAACCGGUGCAUGUUCGUUUGGGCUCGGAGAUCGGUUAUAUUUUGCUACUUUAAGGAAUAGACCAAAAAGCACAGUAAAUACCCACUAUUUCUCCAUCGAUGAGGAGCUGGUCUAUGAAAAUUUUUAUGCAGAUUUUGGACCUCUGAACUUGGCAAUGGUGUACAGAUACUGCUGUAAACUAAACAAGAAACUGAAAUCAUACAGUUUAUCAAGAAAGAAAAUAGUGCACUACACCUGUUUUGAUCAACGGAAAAGGGCAAAUGCAGCAUUUUUGAUAGGUGCUUAUGCCGUAAUCUAUUUAAAGAAGACACCAGAAGAAGCCUACAGAGCACUCCUAUCUGGCUCAAACCCCCCCUAUCUUCCGUUCAGGGAUGCUUCCUUUGGAAAUUGCACUUAUAAUCUCACCAUCCUCGACUGUUUGCAGGGAAUCAGAAAGGGAUUACAACAUGGAUUUUUUGACUUUGAGACAUUUGAUGUGGAUGAAUAUGAACAUUAUGAGCGAGUUGAAAAUGGUGACUUCAACUGGAUUGUUCCAGGAAAAUUUUUAGCAUUUAGUGGACCACAUCCAAAAAGCAAAAUUGAAAAUGGCUAUCCUCUUCACGCCCCUGAAGCCUACUUUCCUUAUUUCAAAAAGCAUAACGUGACUGCAGUUGUGAGACUGAACAAAAAGAUUUACGAGGCCAAGCGCUUCAUAGAUGCCGGCUUUGAGCACUAUGACCUCUUCUUCAUAGACGGCAGCACGCCCAGCGACAACAUCGUGCGCAGGUUCCUGAACAUCUGUGAGAACACGGACGGGGCGAUCGCUGUCCACUGCAAAGCUGGUCUUGGAAGAACAGGGACGUUGAUUGCCUGUUAUGUCAUGAAACACUACAGGUUUACACAUGCUGAAAUAAUUGCUUGGAUCAGAAUAUGCCGACCAGGCUCCAUUAUAGGACCCCAGCAGCACUUCUUGGAAGAAAAACAGGCAUCGUUAUGGGUCCAAGGAGACAUUUUCCGAUCCAAACUGAAAAAUAGACCGUCCAGUGAAGGAAGUAUUAAUAAAAUUCUUUCUGGCUUGGAUGAUAUGUCUAUUGGUGGAAACUUAUCUAAAAUACAAAAUGUGGAAAGAUUUGGAGAGAAUAACUUAGAAGAGGAUGAAGAUGUGGAAAUGAAAAAUAGUAUAACCCAAGGAGACAAACUACGUGCCUUAAAAAGUCAGAGACAGCCGCCACGCUCCUCACCAUCCUGUGCAUUUAGGUUGGAUGAUAUGAAAGGGCACCCAAGAGCAGUGUCCCAGCCUUUCAGAGUGACUUCGUCCCCUCAAGGAUCUGUAUCUACUUUGAAGACCUCAAAAGUGGCUUUGUCUCCUUCAGCAACGGCCAAGAGGAUAAACAGAAGCUCUUUGUCCUCAGGUGCCAGUGUCAGAAGCUUUUCCAUAAACUCCCGGCUAGCCAGUUCUCUAGGGAACUUGAACGCUGCAACAGAGGAGCCAGAGAACAAAAAGGCCUCCUCGUCCUCUAAGACGGGUUUCAUAGCCAGCCCGUUCACCAACCUCUUGAACGGCAGCUCCCAAACACCUGCCAGAAAUUACCCUGAGCUCAACAACAACCAGUACAGCAGAAGCAACAGCAGCAGUGGGAGCUCCCUGAGCAGCCAGCCGAACCCCCAGAGCAUCAAGACGGAGGAGCACCCCACCAUCCUCCGACCCUCCUACACCGGCCUCUCUUCUUCCUCAGCGAGAUUCCUGAGCCGUUCAAUCCCCUCCCUUCAGUCUGAAUAUGUUCAUUACUAAGGCCCCGCCACUCCGGUGAAAGCCGUCCCUCUCUUACACACAGUGUCUUCACCUGGACGAGCAAUGUAGAGAGAAAGCAGCUGCUUGUCGGAGGAGUCUUUCUGCCUUCUCACCUUAAAUUCAGGAGAGCGCUAACAUAAGACCUUCAAGAGACUUGAAACCAGAAAACUCUGGCUAAUGACUACUACAAAUGCACUGAAACUAUGUGUAUGGCGAUGUCCACACUUUUUAAGACAGUUGUAAUGUUGAAUUUGGUAUUUUGAAAGACUAUUUUUAAUGUAUUUCGGUAAUACAUUUGUUAUUACACUUACAUGUACAGUGUUACAUUAUUAUGUAUGUAUGGUGAACUUUAAAAGACUAUUUUGAUAAAUUUAUAAAUAUAUAAAAUUAUGUAAAAACUAGACUAUAUUUUGACUUAGAUUUCUUGUUGUUUGCUACCAAAAAUUUGUAUUUUGAAUUUGUUUAGUAUGGCUUUGUCUACAAUGAAUAUAUAAUUCCUCUUUAUUAACAGAAAGUAAGGGAGAAAGUUUUUGGAAAGUGAUUUUUAUGUUCCCACUAUAAAUAUGGCAGAUCAGUUCAUUCCUUUGAGAAGUCAAUCUAAUAUAAUGAGUUUUUCCAAGCUGAUCUGUGGCAAGAGGAGGACGAUCGAUCAUUUGAUAUGGCUUUGUUAGACCAUUUCCUUUCCCUUUGUUUUUGUCACUGAGCCAUUUAGUUUUGCAUCCUUGUGGGGCUUUCACAAAAUUUAACAUCCAUUUGGAGAUCCGAAUUCAUUGAAUCUUUCUCCUGAUGCGCUGAAAACACGGUUUUGCUCUAUGCAAUGACUCAACAUUCCACAUGCUUUUAUUUCUUUCCUCCUCUCACAAGAGCCCUUAACACAGUUAGGACAUUCUGCUUUUGGUACGAGGUUGUUGUCUGUAACCACAUAUGGUCUGGCACCAGUUUUUUAAAUCAAUGAAGAGAGAAAACCGAAAAAAGAUGCUGCUAAGUAGUUCUCUGGAUCAAAGGAGAUGUGUUUGAAACAGAUUAUAAAUACCUAACACACAAGCCAGCAUAUCAGAAACCUGACAGUGAAAACGAAGGGACUCCUUGCAGGUACUCACAGCCCUUUUGCGAGAAGUGUAAUCUUAGUGUAGCCCUGAGAAGCCUGGAGGCUUCAGUGCCUGAUUGUCAGAGUGGACUACUCACACAGUCAAUGGAUCCGUAUGAAGUGCUUCACUCUCAACCACUGAGUUAUUUAUAAUCUAUUUAUUAGGAGAGGGUACCUUGAGGCUGUUAUACAUGCUUCAACAAAACAUCUUGUUCGUGUUUUACAUUUCAAAAAGGCAUUUGAAUGACUGUUUGGCUCAGGUUCAUUACUUAAACUUCAGUAACUGCAGUACCAAGUAAUUGCACUAAGCUGACGGAAAAAAAUGAAUUGUAGGUCUUAGGAGUCAAAAAUUAAAGGAAGUGGAAUUAAAUUGUCUACCUUUUCUAAAGCUGAAAUAGUAAAAUAUUUUAUUAUGAGUUCCUGUAAAAAAUAGAUUGGUUAGUUGUAUAGAAAGAUGAUAGUAUUUUUAAAAAAUUAUCAGUGAAAAGUAAUUCAGAUGAUGCUUGAAGUGGGGAAAAGGGAAUCAUAUUGACAGUUGUUGUUCUGUGAACACUAGUGUGCAGCUAUUAAAAUGAUUGUAAAAUUGACUACUAUAAAUUUUCCAUAAUUAUGUGUGGUAUAUUAGUCAUGUAUCUACAUGUGUAUGUCUUAAAGUUAUUUGUACACAUGGAGAUACUUAGACAAACCAAGAAGCAUAUGUAUAUAAUAUAGAAAGUAUAUAGCAAAGUAAUUCUACUCCAGAAAUAAAAAUUGCUGACAUGUAUUUUGUUACAAAUAGUUUACCUUCCAAAAGAUAUUUUGUUCUAUCUUAAAGUGUAGAAGAAUGCACUGCUAAUAAAUAAUAAAAGUUUUAUGCAAUCUGUUUUCCCUGACUUUUAUAAUUUGGAUUUUGAGUUAUCAAUGUACUGAAGUCUCUUUAUAAUUUUAUACUUGAUCCAAUCUGGUUGGUGCCUUUCAAGUUUCACAGGCUCUUCCUUCUGGAUUUUUAGUUUAUCUUUUAUUAACUCUCCAGGUUGUGGCCAUUUUUUGAAGUAUAUGACAGUGAGCACAAAGAAAUCUUAUACUUCGCUUUUCACAAAAGACAGAUGAUGUCAGGCUCUUGCUGUCUUUUUCUAUAUAAUUUUCCUUUCUGUUAAUAAAACACUGAUUGUGAUCAGA